CUGUAAUGCAGAAUGUUGAAUACUCAAUCCAAUCUGUGUGGAUUCAGAUCUCCCGCGGACACAAAGGAACAGUAGCAGGCUGUUGCUGCGUCCAAUCGGCGUCCUCUGGCCCGGUGCCAGGCCGUCCUGGUUCGGCAUGAGGUGUGGGAGAAGGAGGGAGAGAUUCCUGGUGCGGCGUGCUGGCAGUUACUCUCUGAAGACCGGCUAGUUUGUGCACAUGAAAAAUGACUGCGGGUCCAAGCAAGUCACACUCUUUAGAGGGGAAGAAGACCGAUAAUCAUAUGGAAAUGGAAGGGAAGGACAGAGUAACAGCUCAGAGCAGUCAAAAUUUAAUAGGGGAGGAAAAUAACGGACUGGGAUGCUGUGGUUGGAUUUUGGUUAUCCUCUCUAUUUUUCUAGUGAUCUUAACCUUGCCAGUUUCCAUAUUUUUAUGUUUAAGGAUUGUCCAGGAGUAUGAAAGAGCCGUCAUUUUCAGACUGGGACGCAUCACCUCUCGGAAACCAAAGGGGCCAGGUCUUUUCUUUGUGUUACCAUGCACAGAUACCUUCAGGAAAGUGGAUUUGAGAACAGUUUCAUUUGACAUUCCUCCACAAGAGAUCCUGACUAAAGACUCCGUGACAGUGUCUGUGGAUGGUGUGGUGUAUUUCCGAGUGAAUUCCCCUAUUUCCUCGGUUGCCAAUGUGACUGACGCUGACUUCUCCACACGCUUGCUGGCUCAGACCACACUGAGGAAUGUUCUGGGAACUAAGAACCUUUCUGAGCUGCUGUCCGAUCGGGAAGGGAUUUCCCAUAGCAUGCAGGUGUCCCUGGAUGAAGCCACAGAUAACUGGGGCAUCAAGGUGGAGCGUGUGGAAAUCAAGGAUGUCAAACUGCCUGUUCAGUUGCAGAGGGCUAUGGCUGCUGAGGCAGAGGCAACCCGGGAGGCCAGAGCCAAGGUGAUCGCAGCCGAGGGAGAAAUGAACGCGUCCAGGGCCCUGAAGGAAGCCUCGCUGGUCAUCUCUGAGUCCCCUUCUGCCCUGCAGCUCCGUUACCUGCAGACCCUCACCACCAUCGCCAGCGAAAAGAACUCCACUAUUGUCUUCCCGCUGCCUGUGGACAUACUGCAGACCUUCCUCUCUAAGGGAAAGUGAAGCCAAGCAGGCAAGCCUGGGACACCCUGGGCAUAGCCAGCAGGACAGAAAUGAAAAGGAGAGCAAUGAUUACAUUCGCUCAUGAAAACUAAGAGACACUGGGAAUUGUUUAUUAUUGUUAUUAAAUAAGCUAAUUUACCUUUAUUAUACUGUACUUUACAUUCACUGUUUACUUUACAGUACUGGCCCUCAAACCUGACACUCAGAAACUCUUGAGAGCUCUGUCUGAAUGGCAUGUUAGGAGUUGUCCUUCACCGAAGAUGUGAAAUAUUAUAUGGGAAUUUCAGUUUACUUUCAUUUUAUGAAAUUGGCUGUGUACAGUUUAAAAAUAUAUCUACUGACUAAUGUCUACCACAGAAUACGACUUCCCUACAGCUGCUCAGAUCCGCUACUCUAAUCUGAAGCAGUCUUGCCAAACCUGGCAUUCAAAACAAAAAGCUAAGGACCAUUUCCUUAUUUAUUUUCUGCAUUUCCAUGAACAGUACCCCUUGUAAUUAAAUACAGAAUAUUUAAUUAGCUAGAUUUUAACUCUAUUGAGAGCUGUCAGAUUAACUCACCAUCUUAACAAUGCAGGCAAAUGACUGGCUGUCACUGCACAGACAAUUAUCCCUUUGAAAAGAUGUCUUACAUACAGCUAGCUCAGAAGCUUUACCCUGACUCUUUUUCAGUUUUUAUGCCGUAUGGGGAGAGAAAUAAAAUUUGUACAUCUCUGUG